AUGUGGGUGAGGAAUUUAAUGGAGUUCAUGUCAGUGGAUGCUGAAGGUAGUAGGAGAAAGCUCUGGGAUAGUUUGAUUAAACUGAAACAGGGUUUCUCUAAACCAUGGUGUCUGUGUAAGGAUUUCAAUGAAAUUCGACAUAUUGGUGAGAGGAAAGACUGCUCCAAAAGAGACGGGGGUAUGGCUGAGCUCAAUGAGUUCAUUAAGAAUUGUGAAAAAAAACUGAAGGUUUUGAAAUUAUCACUUAGGAAAUGGAACAAGGAGGUGUAUGGGUCUGUGCCUAACAAAUUGAAAGCAGUAGAGAAGGAAGUUCAUAACCUUGAUCUUCAAGCAAAGAAUAGAGAGCUAGAUCAACAGAGAAAGCUAGAAAAAGAGAAGCUACAAAAGAAGUAUGGAGACUUCAUAGAAUGGUGGAAUAGACUUUUUGAGCACUUCAAGAAGUUGUAUUCUGAGAAGUGGGUGUUAAGACCUAAGUUAGGAGGCAUAUUCAAAUUAGUGCAAAGCAGUCCACAUUUUGAAGUGUUGGAAACAAAGUUUUCUGUGGCAGAAAUCCUGGUAGCAGUGAAGGAUUGUGAAGGAAACAAGGCACCUGGGCCAUAUGGGUUUAAUAUGUUAUGCUUCCAAAAAAUCUGGAAAGUGAUGAAAAAGGAAGUACUCAAUUUUAUUAAGGAAUUUUAUAGGAAUGGCAAACUAGUGAAGGGAUUUAAUAGCUCCUUUAUUACUCUUGUCCCUAAAAAGGAAAAUCCUGUAGGCUUAACAGACUAUAGGCCAAUCAAUUUAGUUGGAUCAGUAUAUAAGGUCCUAGCAAAGGUCCUGUCAAGAAGAUUAAAAGAGGUACUACCCUGCAUCAUUAGCGAGACCCAAUCAACCUUUAUAUGGGGGAAGAAAAUAUUAGAUGGGGUUUUGAUUGCCAAUGAAGUGGCAGAUGGGUGGAAGAAAUCCAAGAAAUGGGUUGAAUGGAUUAUGGAGUGUGUUAGCAUGGCUAGAAUCUCAGUACUUGUAAAUGGUUCUCCAAGUGAAGAGUUUAGUCCUCAAAGGGGCCUUAGACAAGGUGACCCACUGUCUCCCUUCCUGUUCAACUUGGUUGCUGAAAGGCUAAAUAUGUUGCUGACAAGAGCAUACCAGAUGGAAAUUAUUAAACGUGUGAUAAUUGGUGCAGAUGAUGUGAUGUUGUCUCACCUACAAUUUGUAGAUGAUUCUAUUCUUUUCUAUGAGGCUCAAGAAGAGGAGUUAAAGGUUGGAGAUGAGAGCAGAGUUAGGUUUUUAUUGGAUAAAUGGUGUCAUACCACCUAUUUCAGAGAAGAAUUUUCUGGCUUAUUCUUUUCAUCCUUAGAUAAGGAGGUAUCACUAAGAGCAAUGUAUGAGUGCACUAUUGCCGAAGGGACUGGGGUUGAGAAGAGUAAGGUGAUGAAUGAUUGUCUACUAAUCAAAUGGUGGUGGAGGUUUGGGUAUGAAAAAGAUGCAUUAUGGAGAAAGGUUAUUUGUAGGAAGUAUAAGACGGACUUUAGUGAUUGGAUGCCCACUUCCUACACCAAGACUAGGGUUUCUAGUGUCUGGAAAGGUAUACUUAAUAUUGUUGUGUCUGAUAGCCUAAUUCUACAGUUUUACCUGAACAAUUGGCAGUUAAAGGUUGGGGAUGAGAGCAGAGUUAGGUUUUUAUUGGAUAAAUGGUGUCAUGCCACUUGUUUCAGAGAAGAAUUUUCUGGCUUAUUCUUUUUGUCCUUGGAUAAGGAGGUAUCACUAAGAGCAAUGUAUGAGAGAAAGGGAGCUGCAGGGAAUUGGAUGUUUAAUUCUAGAAGAAGGCUAUAUGAUUGGGAAGAUUGUGAGGCCACAAGACUUAAAAGUCUCCUAGGUGCUGCACCUACUUUGGUGGAUGAUCAGCUUGAUAGACCGGUAUGGUCAGCAGUAUCAACAGAGGUAUUCUUAGUGUCUUCUGUUUAUAAUGGGGUUUUUGCUAUUGCAAGUCCUCCUUUGAGAAUUUGUAAACUAGUGUGGGUUAAAUACUUGCCUCCAAGAGUCCAAUUUCUUGGGUGGCUAGCAUGGAAGAGUAGAUUAAAGACAACUGUUUUUCUCCAAAGAAUUGGUGUGCUCCGAAGCAAUACAUUAACUCUAUGUGUGUUCUACAAAGCUGAGAUUGAAACUGUGAACCAUGUCAUGGUGUCCUGCCUUUUUGCGUCAACUGUAUGGACUGAAAUGCUAAAUUGGUGGGAUGUGCAAGGGACCUUACCUAGAACUGUUGAAGGGUUACUUCUAUGGUGGGAUAGGGAGAGGCUCAGUAAUAAGGAGUGA